AUGGGUAUCAUCGAUAAAAUCAAGGCCAUCGAGGAGGAAAUGUCCCGUACUCAAAAGAACAAGGCCACGGAGCAUCAUCUGGGUCUGUUGAAGGGUAAAUUGGCUCGUUACAGACAACAAUUGCUGGCUGACGAGGCGACUGCUAACAGCUCAGGUGGUGGUACUGGUUUUGAAGUUGCUAAAUCUGGUGACGCCCGUGCUGUACUAAUUGGUUAUCCGUCUGUUGGUAAGUCUUCUCUUUUAGGUAAGAUUACCUCUACUAAGUCUGAAAUUGCUCAUUACUCGUUCACCACCUUGACCUCUGUUCCGGGCGUGCUGAAAUACGGUGGUGCUGAAAUUCAAGUUGUCGAUUUGCCAGGUAUCAUUUAUGGUGCUUCUCAAGGUAAGGGUCGUGGUAGACAAGUUGUUGCCACUGCUAGAACAGCAGACUUAGUUAUUAUGGUUCUUGAUGCAACAAAAAGUAAGCAUCAAAGAGAAUCUUUGGAAAAGGAAUUAGAAGCUGUCGGUAUCAGGUUGAAUAAAGAAAGACCAAAUAUUUACUAUAAGAAAAAGGAAACUGGUGGUAUUAAGAUUAACUUCACUGCACCCCCACAAAAUAGUCUGACUGAAGACGCAAUCAAACUGCUUUUGAAAGAUUACAGGGUUCACAAUGCAGAGGUUUUGGUGAGAGACGAUCAAGCCACCAUCGAUGAUUUCAUCGAUAUCAUUAAUGACCAACAUUGUAACUACAUUAAAUGUUUAUACGUCUAUAACAAAAUCGAUGCUGUAUCGCUAGAGGAAGUUGAUAAAUUAGCCAGAGAACCUAACACUGUGGUAAUGUCCUGUGAAAUGGACUUAGGGAUAGACGAUGUGGUGGAAGAAAUAUGGUACCAAUUGAAUUUGAGUCGUGUCUAUACAAAGAAGAGAGGUGUACGACCAGCAUUUGAUGACCCAUUAGUUGUGAGAAAUAAUUCAACAGUCGGUGAUUUAUGUCAUAGUAUCCAUAGGGACUUUAAAGACAAAUUUAAGUAUGCUUUGGUUUGGGGUUCAUCUGCUAAACACUCCCCACAAAAAUGUGGUUUGAAUCAUAAAGUUCACGACGAAGAUGUUAUAUCUCUAUUCACCAAAUAG